AUGGACGUUCUAUCAUCAGAGCUGUAUAGUAUAAAAAGGGUCCAAAGUGCUUUACAAGUCCUGGCCACAACUCUACAUCUGACUUCAUAUCUGUAUCCACAACAAGCUCUAGUCUCUGAUGGAGACGUAUUCGACUACAUAGUGGUGGGAGCAGGAUCUGCGGGUUGUGUGAUCGCAAACAGACUCACAGAAGAUCCAAGAACAAGAGUCCUGCUCGUAGAAGCUGGUGGUGAUCCACCAAUGGAAUCUGUUCUUCCUGGCUUAAUGUCGUAUUUAAAACAUUCUGCGGAAGAUUGGAAUUAUACAUCAGCUUACGAUGGCUAUUCACAACAAUGUCACGUGCCACCUGUUGCUGAUAUAACCAGAGGGAAAAUGCUGGGUGGCUGUAGCAGUAUAAACUAUAUGGAUUACGUUCGAGGCAAUCCUCAUGAUUAUAAUACGUGGGCAAACAUAACUAAAGAUGAUACUUGGAAAUAUGAGAACGUUCUUCCAUAUUUUAUCAAAAGUGAAAGACUUGAAGAUCCAAAUAUUUUUAAAACACCAUAUGCACAAUUUCAUGGACGUAAUGGUUACUUGAGUGUUACAAGGCAGUACGCUAACGUAACACAUAAGUAUUUAAAAGCGUUUAGUGAGCUUGGACAUAAUAUCGUAUUUGACACAAAUGGUGAUUAUACCCUUGGCUAUAGUGAACCAAUGCUGACGAUGGCUGAUGGUUAUCGACAAAGUACAGCUACAGCAUUCCUCUCUCCAAUUAAAACUAGGCCUAAUUUAUAUGUCCUAAAAAAUACUCUGGUUACUAAAAUAAAUUUUGAUAAAUACGAUAAUGCUAUUAGUAUUGAAGCAAUUAAAGAAAAUGAUAAAAAGAUAAUAAUAAUGGCAAACAAAGAGAUCAUAGUAUCAGCUGGAACUAUAAAUUCUGCACAGUUGCUCAUGUUGUCAGGCAUUGGUCCUAAAAAUCAUUUAGAAAGUUUAGGCAUCAACGUUGUAUCAGAUUUGCCAGUGGGAGAAAAUUUACAAGACCACAUAACUGGUAUUACAGUCUAUGCAAUGGAUAAAAAGGAAAGUUAUAGAUUACCUAAAAAUCCUCACGAUUAUCCAUUAGCAAAAGUUGUUGGCUACGUUGCAAUGAAUGAAUCACAAUCAUACCCAGACUACCAAACGCUCAGUUUUAUUACGGACGCAGAUUCAAUUCUACAGCUUUGCACAUUUACUUACAACUUCAAAAACGAAAUAUGUGCGUCUUUUUAUAAUCAAUUAAAAGGAAGAGAGGUUAUGUUUUCUCAUAUCGUUUUACUUCAUCCAAAAUCUAGAGGUCGUAUUUUGUUGCGAAGCGUGAAUCCUUAUGAUUAUCCACUUAUUUACACUGGUCAUCUAUCAAAUCCUGCCGACUUGGAAACUCUAGCCGCGUAUAUCAAAGAUUUUAAUCGAGUAAGAACUACAAAUUACUUCAAGGAGGUGAAAGCAAAUUUUUUGGUGCCGUCAAGUUGCUCCAUAUACGAACCUGAUAGUAAGGAGUAUUGGAAAUGUCACGCUCUGUGCUUGGCAAUGUCAGUUUAUCACUACGCGGGGACGUGUUCGAUGGGAUCUGUGGUGGAUGGGAGACUUAGGGUUUUUGGUGUACAGAGAUUAAGAGUGGCAGAUGCUAGUGUCCUGCCGACUAUUACAAGCGGGAAUACCAAUGCUCCUAUCAUUAUGGUCGCUGAAAAGGUUGCAGAUUUUAUAAAGGCAGAUAAUAUACAUGUUAAUUAAAUA